AACCAUGGACAUCGUGAGUUCGUGACCGUCCAUCCGCCAUCCACGGCUGGGCCAUUGGACCAGUUUCUUACGCUCGGCCACCUCUGAUUAGACAGACACCCGGCCGCUCUUAACUGGAAUCCCGUCCAGGUUCCUUGGAGAAGGCAGCCAUGGCGGCGGCGGCGGCGGACGUGAGGUACGGAAUAGUCGGGGUGGGGAUGAUGGGGCGGGAGCACCUCCACAACCUCGCCCACAUCGCCGGACAAGUCGAGCGGGAGCAGUCCGUCCGCGUCCGCGUCACCUGCCUCGCCGAUCCCCAUCCGGAGUCCCUGCUCCUCGCCCUCCGCCUCGCCGCUCAACUCGGCCUCCCUCCUCCCCAGACGUUUUCAGGUCAUCACGAGUUGCUGGACAGCGGGCUCUGCGACGCUGUUAUCGUUUCGUCGCCGAACAUGACGCACUGUGAGAUACUCAUGGACAUCAUCGGUUACCCCAAGCCGCACCACGUCCUUGUCGAGAAGCCUCUGUGCACAACGGUACAGGACUGUCAGAAGGUCAUAGAAGCUGCUAAACAGAGACCGGACAUACUUGUGCAAGUUGGAUUAGAGUACCGGUAUAUGCCUCCGGUGGCUAAGCUGAUAGAUAUUGUUAAAAACGGUACACUAGGGCAAGUCAGAAUGGUGGCUAUUCGUGAACACCGGUUUCCUUUCCUUGUUAAGGUGAACAACUGGAAUAGGUUCAAUUGCAACAGUGGGGGAACUCUGGUUGAGAAGUGCUGCCACUUUUUUGAUUUGAUGAGAUUAUUUGCAGAUGCAAAUCCUGUUCGUGUGAUGGCCUCUGGAGCUAUUGAUGUUAACCACAAGGAUGAGGUUUAUGAUGGAAAGGUGCCAGAUAUAAUUGAUAAUGCAUACGUAAUCGUAGAAUUUGAUAAUGGCUCUCGUGGCAUGCUUGAUCUCUGCAUGUUCGCUGAAGGUAGUAGAAAUGAGCAGGAAAUUUCUGUUGUUGGUGACAUUGGAAAGGGGGAGGCUUUUGUUCCUGAGAGCAUUGUGAAGGUUGGAAAUCGAGCAGAAGGCAGAGAUGGAGUUGUAACCAUAAAGGCUGAAGAUGAGCGAAUCAAGUACCAGGGGCUUCAUCAUGGAUCUAGCUACUUAGAACACCUCUAUUUCUUGUCUGCCAUCCUAUCUGAAGGUGCUUCUAACCCAUCCAUCAACUUGAAUGAUGGUUUACUAUCCGUUGCCAUUGGCGUGGCUGGCCAAUUGUCGGUGGAGAAAGGCCGUUUUGUCACCAUUGAAGAGGUGCUAUCAAGCUGAUAAUUCGUGCCAAAAUUUGGCUACACACUGUUUCUGCUAGUUUUGGAUAUAUUGACAAGAUGUAAUAACUGUUGUGUUACACUUUGCUACAUGCCUGGUACUCCGACUCAAGAAACACUAGAACAGUUCUGUAACUGUACAUAUGUAAUAACUGUUGUGUUACACUGCAAGAUGCAUCGAGUUAUUCCUUGUGUUGUAAACUAUUAAUGGAUCACGGUUCUUUUUAAUUCUGCUUGAGAUCAA